GAGACUUUUAUUUGUGGCUCUCUGUCUGAGCUGGGCUGCUUUCAGAUGAAGCACUGACUGUCCGGACAUCCAGAGAGACUCAGCAGCUGGCGCUUUAUUUGUACAUGCCGAGCAACAUUUUCCCUUUGGAGGACAAGCCCGGGGAUAGAGAGAGAGAGAGAGAGAGAGAGAGAGAGAGAGAGAAACUACCUGCUGGUGCCGGAGAUGAUGAGGAAAAUCUGGGAAAUGAACCUGAAGGUCUUGUCUGAUGGGGAGGAAAACUUGACUGGGAUGUGAACACGGAUCACCGAGCUCAAAUCUGGAGUGUUUUUCCUCACCACGAUGAUGCCACGUGAGAGCUCCGUCCUGACUCACCUGCUCCUCCAUCUCCUCCUCCCUCACACCCUGUCCUUUCUGCAGCCUCCUCACCACCCUCCUCCGGUUCACAUCCCCACGCUGGUACCUCAUGUGCCGACGCCUCUCAUCCGCUCCCGCUUCAGCGCUCACACUCAGCUCGACUUGACCACUCACUGCAACUCCAGCUGCUUCCACAGAGGAGAGCAGGAGGUCCAGAAGGAGGAGCUCACAGAGAAACUGGCCUUUGAGACGCUGUACUCCGAUGGCUCCCGCACUCUCACUACUGUAGAUGUGGAGGGUGAUAAGGAGUUUGAAGGGGAUGCAGGUGCACCGAGGAGAAAACCAAGAGUUAAGUCCAGGCACAAACGUGUGAGGCGGCAGAUUUACGGAGCAGAUGGACGUUUUAACAUUCAAGGUGACAACUUCCUGUUGGAUUACCCUUUCUCCACGGCCGUGCGGAUCUCCACCGGCUGCACCGGCGUUCUUGUGUCCCAGCAGCACGUCCUCACAGCCGCCCACUGCGUCCACGAUGGGAAGGAUUAUGUCAAGGGUGCCCGGAGGCUCAGGGUGGGCUUUCUGAUUCCUCCAUCCUUUAACGGCACAAAAGCUGACCUCACUUCUGCCAAGAAGCCUCUGGUCCGCUGGGUGAGGGUGAAACGUACCCGUGUGCCAAAGGGCUGGAUCCAGGGCCCUCAGGACAUCAGCAUGGACUUUGAUUAUGCCCUGCUGGAGCUGCGUUGGCCUCACAGACGUCCCUUCAUGCGCCUCUCCGUUGCUCCCUCCUUAGAUGACCUUGCCGGGAAGCGCAUCCACUUCUCUGGCUUUGACAGCGACAGAUCCGGGGAGCUUGUGUAUAGAUUUUGUCCUGUGGAAGAAGAAUCCAGCGAUCUGAUAUACCAGCACUGUGAUGCUCGACCUGGAGCCAGCGGCUCAGGAGUGUAUGGAAGAGUGUGGGACAACAGUUUAGAGCGCUGGGAGAGGAAGGUCAUCGGCAUUUUCUCUGGACACCAGUGGCUGGAGAUAGACGGGGAGAACCGGGAUUACAACGUGGCCGUGCGCAUCACUCCUCUGAAGUUUGCUCAGAUCUGUUACUGGGUGCACGGGAAUCGACUUGACUGUGUCCAGGACUGAAAAAGGACAAAGGGAGGUUUU